AUGAGCACUUUUAAGGAUAUUAAGAGUAUCAUUCAAAAUACUUACUUUUGUCUCAAAAGAAAUCAAAUGGAUUUCGUUGGUCAAAAAUUGGCUUUUUUAAUUAAGAACAUAAUUUUUACUAUAAGUACAAUUUUAGCAAUUGUUAUUGGUUAUUAUUAUCAAAAUUUAGCUUUAAGUGCUUAUAUAAUUUUAGCUGGAACCCUUAUGGCAACUAUUUUAGUUUUACCUACUUGGCCUAUGUAUAAUAGAAAUAACAUUGAAUGGUCAAAAGAUGAAGAUUCUUUAAAAGAAAAAAAGAGAAAAUAA